AUGGUGUUGAAGGUUGGAACGAGCCGAGAGUUGCCAACGGCGUUUACUGGCCUUCCCAGUGUUCGAAUCGAUCGCCGAACGGCUGCGGCAAUCAUACAGUAUAAAAAGGCCCAUCCCGUGAUACGGCCGGACAUGCCGCCUCCGAUUAGCCAUGCGAUGUGGAUGGUUGCUGCCCCUUCGACUUCCAUUGUGGCUGGUAUGUACGGCCUCAUAGGGCAUAGUGGUGAUGCUAUGGACAGGUAUAAGCACACUGGGGUUGUCGAUAUUCGCAUGCAGGAAAGGGAGAUAUCGAACAGCUGGUAG